AUGAUCCCAAACCCUUUCUUUCUGUUGGUUGCCCUAAACGUUUUGCGACUCGUCCUGGGCCAGGUAGUUGCGGCAGGAAACCGAACCAUUGACGACUCAAGUACCGAGUUCACGUUCACUGGACACUGGCUCGUCAAUUCCUGCUCCAAAUGCAACCCUCAACCGAAUUUAAGCCAAGCCCUUAACGGAACCUGGCAUACGAAUAACGACGACGUCGCGGCUAUGGAGUUGCAAUUCACAGGUUCCGCUAUCUGGCUGUUCGGGAUCCGUGCUCCAGCCGCAACGCAAGGUUCACUCACCAUCACGCUCGACGCGUACUCACCGGUGGUGUACAAUGGCACCGGAACCCCCGACGGAUCGUACAACUACAACGAGCUGUUAUUCUCCGCGUCUUCCCUCUCGACCUUGUCUCACAGCUUGACGCUCAAGACUGGUGAAGGUAGUGCUUCUGGUCAUUCGACCUUAAUUGACUAUGCGGUCGUCAAUAGUGAUUUCCCGUCAGAACCUACGGCUGGUUCUAGCACGUCCAGCAGCAAUUCCAAUCUUGGCACCAUAAUCGGACCCAUUAUCGGGGGGGUUAUACUCCUGUCAAUCAUUGGGGGAAUUCUCCGUCGAUAUAAUCGACCUCAGGAGGCGGUCACAUAUUAUGAAGAAGCUAGUAAGUCCUCUGGUGGUCACUUUUAUUUCUGGUUUACUCUGGGAGGCUGA